UGUGCGACGCGCGCAAUUCUAUUUUCUCACUUUUCCUGCACCCACUUUCGUGAGUGAAUGCUCUCUCCUAGAACGCGUGAUGAGCUACAUUCAUAUUAAUUUUUCACUUGAAUCAACUUUAUUGCUUUCUUUGUUUGAUUCUGGCAUUUCCUCGUGCAAAACAUCGCUAACCAACCUGCUGCAAUUUAAUGAAUUUUCUUCGAGCAGUGUUAAAAGUUUAAUGAAAAUAAUUAAAUGUGUUUUAACUUGUGAACUUUGUUAUAAAACAAUAGCAAAACGCAAAACGAGUGCAGACGAGGCUAAUCAACAGUUUAACUCCAAUUGUUAUUGAUUGUUAUUGUUAUUGGACGUUGCCUUCGCGGACUUCUCUUAUCACUACGCUUUUGUGCGCGUUUGUCGAUUGUCGCAGCGCUUUGCAUCGUGCGCGCCACCUCUGCCUCCGCCGCCGGUUCAUUCACUCUUUUGUGUGCAAAUUCUUGAUUUAUUGUCGCGCGAAUUCUCAGCAUCUAACGGUAAUCAAAACAAAAACCGUACAAAUAAAUAAACAACAACCGCAUAUAUACACAGAAUAUAAUUGAACAAGUGCAGUGCAGCAAUCCGGUUUAGCGCAGAUAUCUAAUAAAAAUGGCAACAAGUGCGGAGGGCGCCAUCUCUAUGUCACAUUUGGAACUUCAUACAGAGCAUAGACUUUACUCACGCUUACGCGAGCUUUACGAUUUCUAUCGCCAUCAGUUCGGUGGUGAACCGGAUUUCUUCGUUCGCAUGCCUGGACGCGUCAACAUAAUCGGCGAGCAUGUGGACUAUUGCGGCUACCCCGUCUUACCGAUGGCUAUUGAUCAGUGCAUUCUGUUGGCGGUCGGACACAAUGAGGAAAAUACAUUCCUACAACUACGCAAUGUGGAAACAAAGCGUUAUGAAAACUUCAAAUGCGAUUUGAGUGCGCUCAGCAUUGAUUUACCGCAAAAUGGUGCACCGAAAUGGUAUAAUUACUAUCUGUGCGGUGUGAAGGGCAUCUUUGAGCAAAUCCAACAAGCGCACAGUGGUGAACCAACGCGGCCCAUCGGCAUGCAUGUCGCAUUGAGCGGCAACAUACCGCCUGCUUCGGGUUUGAGCAGCUCCAGCGCACUGGUUAGCGCCGCUGUGUUGGCCACGGCAUAUGUGCACCAAUUGCCUUUGGAACGCAAACAGUUGGCCGCCAUAUCGGCACGCUGUGAACGCUACAUUGGCACACAGGGCGGCGGCAUGGAUCAGGCCAUCGCCUACCUGGCCAAAGCUGGUUGCGCACAAUUCAUCGAAUUCCAUCCGGGGCUGAAUGCCACACCCAUACAGUUGCCGGCUGGUGUGUGCUUCAUUGUGGCCAACAGUCUGGCGGCAAAGAACAAAGCCGCCUCGUCGGAUUUCAAUGAACGCGUAGUGGAAUGCCGCUUGGCUGCGCGCAUUAUUGCCAAGCAUAUGAAGUUCAGCAAUUGGCGUGGCAUGUUGCGCUUUGUGCAGCUGCAAGAGGCGCUGCAUUGCACGCUCGGCGAACUGGAAGAGCUAGUGCUGAAAUGGCUGCCAAAGGAUAUUUACACACGGGCAGAGUUAUGUACCCACGAGUUGGAGGUCGACGACGAGGAAUUCGAGAGGGAAUUUCUCACCGCCAAUACGCGGCACAUGACACAAUUCAAGCUGAAGCAACGCGCUCUACACGUUAUACAAGAGUCACUGCGUGUGGCGAAAUUUCGCGAAAUAUGCGAGCGCCACCAUACCAAACCGCAAUACAUUUGCAAUGGCGUGAACGAAAAGUCAAACGGUAAUGGUGUCAAUGAUGCCUCAAAGCCAUUUACGUUGCUGUCACAGUUGAUGCGUCAAUCACACCAAAGUCUUAAGGAGCUCUACGAGUGUUCGCACACCGAUCUGGAUCGUUUGAUUAGCUUAUCCGAUGAGGCGGAAGUGGGUGCUAGACUCACCGGUGCAGGUUGGGGUGGCUGCGUGGUCGCCUGCUGUGACUCUCUGGAAUCAUCUAAGCGGUACAUAGAAAUGCUUAAAGCGAAUUACUUUAAGCUGCUGCCACAGGAUUUGCACGAGCGGUAUGGCGCCAAUGACUUCGAUGAUGUUGUGUUCGCCACAUUUCCGGGAAAUGGCGCAGAAAUCUUUCAACUCAACUUUGUGUCUUGUUAAUUGACAAACGCGUCGUCUGUUGCCAAAUUCUUGCUAGUAAAAAUAUAUAUACAUUUUUUAUAUAAUCCUCCAUCCAAUACAGGGUGCUCAAUCAAAUAUGUAAUGAACUGUAAACAAAUAUUUCUCUUUUACAAGAAAUAGCUAAAUGCAUUUUUAUACGUAAGCAUGUAAAAAACAGUAUUGAACUUAAUAAAAUCAAAAAACUAUAAUGUCGAAAAUAAUAA